AUGGCCUCGGGUUCGUCUUACGGCAGUGGCAUGAGGAGGAAUGAAGGCUCACACAAUGCGGGUCAAGAUUUCUCACUGACGCAGAAUCAAGGUAUGCAGUGGUGGAGCUGGAGUUGGCGGCUGUAUUGUGGGACGUCCGGAUGUGGCACCUACCUCACUGGGCUAUCACUGGAUCAUCGUUCCCUGGUGCCUAUUCUCAGCAGGAAGCUCCUCGGCGAGAUCGAGAAUCCGAGGCUGCAGCGUAUGCGUGAGAAGCUCUGUAUCUACAGCUUCACAGCCCUUUGGCAAAAGGUUAACUUUCAUUGCAUUCCUCAUGCUCUCUCUCGUGCUCCAAUCCAGGAUCCAUCCGCAGAGAACGACGUCCUGAAGCCGGAAGAUGAGGACCCUCUACACGCUGCUGUAGUGUCUGCGCUCAGUGCAGUCUGCGAGGAGGGCACCCGACUGGCACCGUUACUAGACCAGCCGCUAGUUAAGGUGCGCGCUGUUGCCGCCCGGGGUGCAGAGUACGCCGCCCUGCGUGAUGUCAUCAUGAGAGGAUUCCCAGAGCACUGUCAGGAUUUGGAAUAUUCUUUACGACCUUACUGGGGCGUUCGCAGCAUACUCGCUGUGGACGACGGCCUCAUUGUGUAUGGUUCACGACUCUUGAUUCCUUGCAGCCUUCGACGUGAGACACUGGAGAGGCUGCAUGACGGGCACUAG